AGGGAUAUUUAAUCGAUGCAUAGGUAGAUCCGUUGGUCAGUGAUCAUUAAACGAACGAUACCAUUAACUUCUGAAAAGGAUGUCAUUCGAUCAGAAAUUCGAAAAAGCGGCAGAAACUAUAAAAACUCUGUCCAAACGUCCAACUGACGAAGAGUUUUUGGAAUUGUAUGCAUUGUACAAGCAAGCAACGGUUGGAAAUAUAAAUACCUCAAGACCGGGCAUGCUGGAUUUAAAAGGGAAAGCAAAGUGGGAUGCGUGGAAAUUGAAGGAGGGUAUGUCGCAAGACGAUGCAAAAGAAGCGUACAUUAAAUUCGUAGACACAUUGAUGGAAAAGUACAAAUAAAUAAAUGCUAUUGAAACACCUCAUAUAUUGUUUAUGUUACUAUAAAAAAAAUACAUUGAAAUAAAGUAUAAUUUACAUUGUUAAAA